AGAUGGUAUACAAAGAUGCAAAAUUAAAAUAUCUAUUUGGUUUGGCUGAAUCAAUUGGGAGGUUACUUUAAAAUUUGCCACCUCCUGUUGACCUAUUUACUUUUUUAAGCAGAUGCUGGGCUGAGCCAAUACUCCUUACUUGAUUGUGUACUAGAUACUAUGUGAGAUACUUAUCUGGGCUUAGUUUUCGGGGCAACCCUUUUUCUCGAGACAACCCAUAAGAGGAGAAUAAAAUGUAGCUGGUCUUACUCUCUUUUUUUGUUGAUAUCCUGUUUGUUGUUCUCCUCGGAAAAGGAAAAAGCACAGAUGACCGGGCCAGGAGCGGCUGUCCGUCAAAAAUAUAGGACCUUGAAGAGGAUCAAAUUAACUUUCACCAAGGGAAAGGAUUAAAUCGACUGCUUUGCUUCUGGUAAGAAGAUACAGGGGAAGAGGACGACAAGUAAGGGGGUAGAAAAAACGUGGAAGAGUUGAGGAGAAGUAAGGAACAAGUGCAAAGAAUUAAACUACUACAAUAUUGGCCUUCAUUUCUCUUUUCAGCCUGCAGCGUAAAGUGAAAGUUGGUUGGUGGAAAUCGAUUAAAAAGUAAGAAAGAAGAAGGCGACGCUGCAGGGCAGCGGCGGAAGCCAUCGUGGUCGUCGGGAAGUGAGGUUUUCUGAGGAAGUAAUCGAGCACUCGACCCCGAAGACUACGCCGAGCCCGCAAGGCUUUGCGAUGUCGGAAAGACGGCUUACCAGAAAGGCUGCGAAAGAUGAAAAAGAGGCGGCGGCGGCGGCGGCGGCUGAAGAGGAAGAAGAACGUAGCAUGGGGUUCCAACCGGAAUGGCUGGCCGAGAAGGAAGGAAGGACCGAGCAGCAGCAGCAGCUCAGAGAGGAGCUACUAGCUGGAUCUUUCAAAGAAGAAUGUUCCUCAAGUGAAGCCAAAAACAGAGUGUCCAACAAAAAAUUUAGUGGCAAAAUGCAAAUACAGACAGAAAAUACUAACAUCAAAAUGUCAGGUGUCACUCUCACUCGACCGCCUAUUAGGACUUCAAGAGAAGGUAAUCCUCCUUCCCCGCCCGUAACUCCUGAGCUCAAGAGAUCUUUGAGAGGUUCUUUUUCAGAUUCAGUGCAGAAUUUGGAAGAAUUAAAGCACAGAAAACAAGCAAAGGCUGACAUAAUAUUAGGGGAUCAUAGAAUCACAAAGCGUGAGAAGCUCAGUGCUGUACAGAAGAAGGAUCUACAAACUACUUUAAAAAUUUCUAAACCUGAAAGAAGAUACUCACUUACAGCAAUUGUGAUAUUCAUUGCAACUUGCAUUGCUGCUGGUGGGUGGUAUAUAUUUUGGCAUUCAUCAAUCCAUGCUUCGGAAAUUGAUUCUAAAGUUCUACAAACAUUUAAAAAACAAAUGAAAGAGCUCAGGAACACCUAUCCAAGUCAAGAUGCAAUAGUGUGGAACAGAAUCCAAGGUACUUUUGAGAAACGUCUAAAUUCUUCUCACCCUCAUUUGGAACCAGCUAUUUUAUUACUCACUGCAUCAAAAGAAGCUGAAGAUGUGUUGAAGUGUUUAAGCAACCAGAUUGCUGAUGCUUUCUCAUCUUCUCAGGGUGCGCUUACAGUAAUAAUUGAUGGGGCCAGCACAAGAGGUCAAGAUAGUGACGUUGUCAAAAUUACUGUUGAUGAAAAGCUGAGCUCUGGUUUUGGGAAUGGUAACAAAGCAGCGGUAGUCCAUCGGUUUGACUCAUUACCCGCAGGUUCCACCCUGAUUUUUUACAAGUACUGUGAUCAUGAAAAUGCAGCGUUUAAAGAUGUGGCUUUACUAUUAACCGUUCUUCUGGAUGGGGAGUCCCUAAACAAGAGCUUUUCCUUGUUGGAAGUCGAGGAGAGAGUGAAAGAUUUCCUCUGGGCUAAAUUUACUAACUCAGACACACCAAAGUCUUAUAACCACAUGGACACAGACAAGUUGAGUGGCUUGUGGAGUCGCAUAGCCCAUCUAGUCUUACCUAUAUGGCCAGAAAAUUCCCUCCCUCGAGAGAAAUGCUUGCAGAUGAAAUAAGAAGAGGGAGCAAGAAGAAAAUACGUUGCAACACAACAUGUAUUGUAUAAAUCUGUGAAUGUUUAUAUAAUGAGAAAAUUGCAAUUUACUAAUCAGAAUUACUGAAGUUAUAGGUGAUUCAAUAUCAGAAUAAGAUUUCUCCUUUAUAAGGAAGCUGAUAAUCUAUAAAGAACUUUUAGAUCUUUAACACAAUUCUAGUGGUUUAUUGGAAAUCAAGAUUCUAUAUACUGAGGGGGGGAGAAAUCUUGUUCAGGCCCACCCAACUUUGUGUAAUAUGAAUUUUUUUAAAGCAUCAAAAUCCUUACUGUGAUUGUGGGCAACAAGGUAAGAAAUGAUAGUACUAGAUUUCAUCUUUCUGCUUGAAGUUUAAUGGACUGCAAACUUGAAGUUGAGACCACGUUUUCCUAUCGUCUAAGAUUUAAUUCUGUCUUACUCCAUUUCCCAAAACUGCAUUAAAAAAAAAUCUUGUAACUGUAUAUUCUGUAAGUUUCUGCUUUGGCUACAAAAUUAUGUAAGAUGUAAACCUGUUGACUGAUAGGCUGUUUUUCUCAUUUGAAAACAGCCUAUAGAUAUGUUAUAUGUAUAGUUUCAAAUAAUUAUAGUUGCCUAAAUC